AUGGCGACAUCGCGAUACCAGACCGCCGAGAUGCGGCGCCAGGUCGGCUCUCCAAGGCCCAAGACGCGAGACACAAAAGAUACACUCUGCCGCAAUGUCGUUAUAUACGGCCAUUGCCGCUACCAAGAGCAAGGGUGUGCCUUCUCGCACGACCCCAACAAGGGAAACUCGAAUUCGCACCAGCAAGACAGCUCGAAGAAGGCUCUCAAUGUCGAGUCGCCAUCCUUCACACCGUCGACUCUCCAGACAACAAACUCAACCAACAAGAAACCAACCUUCUCCUCGCAAGCUGUUACAGCCCCCUCCUUCACUCCCCGUGGCUUAGGAGCUGCCACGCCAUCUACCCUGCCUGAUUCGGAGGCACAAGUGUUCAAUCCCGCCGCUAUCCGGGAAUUCACACCAGGUUUUGAUCUCAGUUCAUCCACUACUACACCAGCAAACGGCACAUCGCAAGAUGGAACCGUCGGCUACGAUGUGUUCAACAUGCCAAGCCAAAACUUGGCUACUACACCGUUCAACCCCUAUGCAGAGGAUCACAGUGCCAUCACCGGCGCGCCAUCGACAUACUUCCAACCCCAAAACGCCUUUACGGCGCCAUUGCAACCUUUGCAGCACCAUCUCUACGCCCCGAUAGGGCCCUACCGAGAAGACUUGAUGCCGUACCAUCGUCUCACUCACGACUUUUUUGUGCCAGAAAAGCUGCGAGAGGAGCUGCAGAAGAAGUCGGAAGCGGCCAUGCAGGUAUUGCCCAAUUCCCAACUGCCCCAGCUGGACAGCUACCAUUCCCUGGUGCCUCUGGACACGACACACCGCAAGAAUGCAAACACCUUUGGGUACCCCAGCUGGGUGUACAAGGCCACAUCCUCCAAGAAUGGGAACCUUUAUUGCCUGCGGAGAUUGGAGGGGUUCCGCCUGACAAACGAGCAUGCUAUUCGAUCCGUCAAGGAGUGGAAGCGAGUUGAGAAUGCCAACGUUGUCAGGAUCCACGAUGCCUUCACCACUCGAGCGUUUGGAGACAGCUCCCUCAUCUUCGUGCAGGACUACCAUCCCCUCUCCAAGACGCUGGCCGAGGUGCAUCUCACGCCAAGCGCGGCGCACGCAGGCACCGGCCGUUUCCAGCCCAAGACGCCCAUUGCCGAGUCGGUGUUGUGGGGGUACAUUACCCAGAUUGCCAGCGGCCUCAAGUCGAUUCACAGCAACAACCUGGCGGCGCGCUGUCUCGACCCCAGCAAGAUUAUCCUGACCGACAAGAACCGGAUCCGCCUCAGCGCGUGUUCCGUGCUAGACGUAGUCCAAUUCGACAUCCGACGACCUAUCCAAGACCUGCAGCAAGACGACCUGCAGCAGUUUGGCCGCACCAUGCUCUGCCUCGCCACCAGCACGCCCCCCCAGCAGCUCACCAACGUGAGCGCGGCCAUGGAACAGAUGAACAGGACCUAUUCUCCGGAAAUGAGGGAUACCAUCACGUGGCUGCUCACGCCGCCCGCUCCUCACAAGUCGAUUGAUGAGUUCAUUCAAGGGAUAGCAACCCACAUCGUGUCGGCUUUCGACCAGAGCCAGCACAGGGCAGAUACACUCAAUUCCGAGCUGUUCCGUGAGCUGGAGAACGGGCGGAUCGCCAGGCUCCUGAUGAAGCUCGGCACCAUCAACGAGCGCCAAGAGUUUGAAAACGACAGAGCUUGGUCGGAAAAUGGGGAGCGAUAUAUGCUGAAGCUGUUUAGAGAUUAUGUCUUCCACCAGGUGGACAGCAACGGUAACCCCGUCAUCGACGUGGGACACAUGCUCCGGUGCCUCAACAAGCUCGACGCUGGCAUCGACGAGAGAAUAUGCUUGACCAGCAGAGACGAGCAGACCAGCUUUGUCGUCAGCUACAAGGAGCUGAAGAAGCAGCUGCUCAGCGCUUUUAACGAAUUGAUGAAGGCGGCCAAGCCAGGCAGAAGCUUCUAG